AGCUGAUGGAAGCGAGCGGUCUGACAUUAUCUAUCAAUAGUCGUGUUAUGCUAGGAGGCAAGGGUACAACUGACCAUGCCUCGUGUUAGUCGCGAAAAAAUAAUGCUAAUUGCAUCGAUUACUUUUCUACUGGUGAUUUUCUUAAAACGUGGGCAUCAAGAACGGCGUUACGAAUUUUUUAUUCCGGGUCGUGAACCAAAACAAGUGUGGGACUUGCUAGCAGAUUUCCGAAACAUCGCUCGACUAAAUCAAAGGAUUCGGAAAUGGCAGUUGGGUAGUGAGAACACCGACAAGAAGGGGAAUUGGGAGUACGAAGUGACGUCAUACGAAGCUAUGGCCGGUGACUGGCUGUUCGGGCUGAACGUAAACCGCGGCCGAGUGAGCGUCACUGCCGACGAUCCGCCGCGCCGGUACUCGAUCGAGUCCGUCUUCAAGACGGAGUCUUUCCGCGGCCUUUUCCUGGUGGACAACGCAAGCAAAGUGACCAUUGAGCGCAAGCAGCGCGAUGGUGAGACUGGCGCGUUGGUAGCCGAAGUUGUGAGCAUGAACUGUCCGUUGCUGUUCUCGCAGCUAUGUUACGCAGAGACCGACGCCAACAGGAAAGAUUUUAUAAAGAACGUCAAGUAUUAUUUCGACGUGUAAUGCUGGAGCCAACAGUGAUGUCAUCAGCUGUGAAAUAGUGGUGGUGAAAUGAGAUUGAACGUUCACGGCUCUUUUUUAUGGUUACUCAAAAUCUUCCUCAAGAGUAUUUUUAUCGUGCGAUUUGAGGUUUCAAUUUAGUGCCAUAAUCUUAACUAUUUCUCUUAACCUUAACCAUUUCAUAAAUACAGAUGAAUGAAUUCAGGCUAGCGUAAUUAGGGGCAUACAUUUUCUUAAUAGUAAUGCCUCCAAUAGUGGAGAAUUAUUAUAGAGAAAAAUAAAGAAUUGAUAAGAUAAAAUUAUAUUGCAAGAUAAAUAUAAUUUUUAAAAUGACAUAGUUUUCGUCAUCAUUUCACAAUUGUGCAUUUUUCGUCGUAGCACAAUUAUAAAAAGCGCCUUAAAACUAAGAAUUCCUCGCAAAAUUCCCUUCUGAAGAUAUUUCACCACUGGUGAUAUUCAUCCACUGCUCAGUGGGAUAUGAAUACAUGUCUUAAAUCAUUUCUCAUAGUCUUUGCUAAAACAUUACUUAAUUUCUGCCUUUAUCAGAAAAUUUAAAGCAUGUGCACUUUACACAGUGACAUAAAAAUCUAUGAUAUAGUUAUUAGAUUUGGAUUUAUUAUACAAUUUAUUAGAAUUAUUUUACAAUUUGGAUAGCACUGCAUGUGUUUAGCAAAUGGUAGCUCAUUCCAUGUUAGUUUAUUUAUACCAAAUUCAACAUUUUUUCAGCUGCGUUUUUCACGGGUACAAGAAGCAAAUGUUUUAAUGUUUCUUAUCCGUUGAAACAUAUUUAUAUACUUAUUAAGUUUAAAAAAUAUUUUUCAGUAGUAUUUAAAUAACUGCACAAAUAUUUUUUUCUUGGUAACAUAAAUUUUAUCAGUAGUUCAGAUUUAAUUGAAGAUGAUCUGAGCAUAUUGAUCUCAGGCGUAACGGUGCCGCUGUGAUACCGGCAUAGUCUCAAGGCUUAAUAAUUGAUCCAUCUUUCUUCCUAUACUUAUAAUAAACUCUGUCUGAUAUAAAUAUUUGAAUAAUGAUAAGAAUAAAUUGAAAAUUUCCACUCCUUUGUUUAAUUUUGGCGAAAAUUUACAGGCUUGAUGUUUUUGCCUUCAUAUCGUAUUAGCAAUCUUGCAGGUUUUAAUGUAUAGUACUCAAAUUGACCCGGUUGCGAGUAGGGUAGUUUAGUACUCAUAUAUGCUUGAUUGCGAGUAUUUUCAACU